AUGACUUCCAAGGUUAGCUUAUUGGUCUUAGGAAAUGCAGGCCUCGUUGUCACAGCGCUAUUGGGGUGGCUCUUCAAGAUUGUUUUUCUCGGAGUACUUCGGGAUUCCGAAGUGGAGCUACUUCAUGAGAAUGUGCGUUACGCAGUAACCGAGACGUGUCUGGCGCUCACGAUCUUUCGCGAUGAAAUUUCUUUUUACGUCAUGGUUCUAUUUACGGCACUUGUCUUUCUUAAAAUCUUUCACUGGUUGGCGCAAUUUCGAAUUGAAUUUAUCGAGCAAACGGAUGUGGUCUCUCGACUGACUUAUGUGCGACUUGUGGUACUUAUGGGCAUCCUUGCUACUGUGGAUGCAGGAUUUGUGGUAUGGUGCUCACUCAAGCUCUUGGAUAAUGGUCCUUCGGUUUUUAUUCUCUUUGGAUUUGAGUUUUUAAUCCUCUUGGUGACAAUUGUGACCACAUUCUUGCGCUACGUAUUGUUUGUGGUGGACUCUCGGAUGAAUGGUGCCUGGACGAAUAAAUUUACUUACCUCUUUUACCUCGAGCUGUGGUCAGAGAUUACAAAGCUAGUCAUCUACUUGAUCUUUUUCACGCUAAUCUUUACACUCUAUGGCAUGCCGUUGCACAUUGUGCGUGACCUCUGGAUGUCAAUCAAGAAUUUGCAGCGACGCAUUGGUUCGUAUUUUCGCUACAGGAAAAUUACUUCGAAUUUAAACGAGCGCUUUCCAAAUCCUACUGCGGAAGAGCUUCAAGAGACGGACAAGACAUGCAUUAUUUGUAGAGAGGAAAUGACUCCAAAUGCGUGCAAGAAGUUGCCGUGUUUGCACAUUUUCCACGUUGACUGUCUAAAAAUGUGGGUCCAGCGCCAACAAACGUGCCCGACAUGCCGCUCUACAAUCCCUACGGGCACUGAUAGCACUAGUACAGCCUCUCAGGAACCUGCGGCUCGUGGUGAGCGAGCUGUUGGAGGGAACAAUAACGCUGAAGCACCAGCCAACGCUGCUGACGGUCAACCACAACCUGCGCCUGCUGCUCCUCGCUUUCGGUUUGCUGCUGCUUUUAGACGAGCAGCACUACCCGUCACUCAAACCCCAACUCCUGCUGCGGCAACUCCGGCUACUCAACCCACAGCUCAUGCUGCUCAAGCAGCGACAUCUCCACCUGGAGCAGUCCCUGCUGCUGUACCUGGUCAUCCAUUUGGCCCAGGGUUUCUAAAUCCUUACAUGUCACCAAUGAUGCUUGGUCCUGGUAUGGGUGCACCUUUUGGCUUUGGGAUGCCAGGUGCUUAUGGUAUGAUGCCUCCUUUUGGAAUUCCCCCAAUGGACCCUAUGCUAGCCCAACAAAACGGAUCGCACCAGCCUCCCAUGGACCCAGACAGCAUUCAACGUCAUAUUGACCUUCUACAAGCUCAGCUGGCGGUACUACAAGCGUCCACAGCGCAGGUUGGCGUUCCCCACCAGACGCAAGCUAUACCACCGCUAUCUACAUUGUCGCCCACAGUCCCAGCAGCACCAAACAGCACAUCGGCUCAAUAUGUUUCACCUGCUUCAACAACUUCCAUUCCUAUUCCAGCUAUGACUUCUCAAGUUCCACCUGCUGUUGCAGCUGCACAUGAACCUUUACAAACCGUAACAAAUGAAGCAAUUGGUAUGAAUGCAUCAUCCUUGGAAGAAAUGCUUGAAGACAAAUGUCCUAUCCCGGUGCAACAGAAACAUGAUGCGUCAAUUGCUACCACUGAGUCUACAACUUCCCUUCCUGUAAAUUCUGAGAUUCCAGCAGCAGCAUUGACCGAAACUGAGCGUCGUCGUGAGGAAUUACGCCAGCGUUACAGCCGCAUAUAUGGUAGUUCGUCAAAGUCUGACGGUGAAGAAAAGAAUAUUGAAUGA